CUACAGGCCUUCUGACAGAUCAUUGAUUGAUCAUUUUUUCCAUAUUUUCUUUUCUAAUAGCGCCGAACAGACGGUCUAGUCGUAUAGGGAAGGAUACGACAGAAACCCCAAAUCAUAUGCAAAGGAGUUGUAGAGCACACCAGGAUAGAGCGCGCCCGCCCCACCAACACAUACCUGCAAACACACGGAGCAUCCACCAGAGGUGCGCCGAGAGGUCAUGAGGAGGCCUCCACGCCCCGCGUGGUUUGCCCUGUCUAUCUGGGCAGCGUUGUUGGUAGCGCUUGCGGUAGCGCUGCCGGCAGCGCCAGUUGCCAUUCCUGCUCGUACAUCAGCUUUGGCCGUUUCUCUCCGGCAGCCACCCCCACCUGCUGUGAACGCGGCCACUGAGGACAGCGAGCUUGGCAUGGAGGACAGCGGAUAUGCAAUCGACCCAAGCGUGCUGACUGAUGAUGAGGAUGACUGUGAGUUUGAUAUGGGCGCAUCGUACAAACCGAUAUAUGCUGCGAACUCGCACAAAGCUGGUCACAAUACCCGGGGAGCAGCUCGGCAGCUACGACAACAACAGGCGCCGGCAUCACCGGUCACACCGUCGCUCCGGACGACUUUGCUCGGGCUGCAACAGCGGCAGCGGCAACAGCAGCAGCAGCAGCAACCAUUUCCGCUGGAGCGCUUGGAUCUAGGAAGUGUACCGAACUCGCAUGACGCUGGCCACAAUACCCGCGGUGUAGGUGGGCAACAGCGGCAACAACAGGGGACCCCGGAGCUACCGGUCACGGACCGGCUCCCUACGACCUCGCGUGAGGCGCAACAGCAGCAGCAGCAGCAGCAGCAGCAGCAGCAACAGCAACAGCAACCGUCUCCGCCGGAGCGCUUGGAUCUAGGAAGUGUACCGAACUCGCAUGACGCUGGCCACAAUACCCGCGGUGGGACCCCGGAGCUACCGGUCACGGACCGGCUCCCUGCGACCUCGCGUGAGGCGCAACAGCAGCAGCAGCAGCAGCAGCAACCAUCCCCACCGGAUUCUUCUCCGGCGAACCCGGCUGUACGUGUCGCUUUCAUUAGCCCCGGCGAACGACGUGGCGAAAAGUGCGGCAACAAGGUUGGAGAUAGGACGGCAGGAUUUUGCAAGCAUCAUGACGGCCUACAGAAGCGCCGAAAGACGGCGUCAGGUGCAGCUCUUGGAGUAGGGGGCAGCGUCGAGGCAGGCAACUAUGACUCGGAGUCGGAGUUGGGUGGUGGUAUGGACGAAUUGCAGACUCCUGGCGCGCGUCCUUUCAUAGCGAAGUCCAAGGAACUGCACUACGCGCAGGCCUCCAAGAUCGAGGAUGAGGGCUUCCGGAGAGCGCAGGAGAGUGUGUGGCACCUCAAGCGGAUCAAGCUCCCAAAACCAAAGGCUGGUGAACCACCCCCCCCUCCCAUCCCGGACGAUCCGAAAGGGUGGGUGUUCGAGGGACUACCUCGUGACGAGUCAUCCAACCCGUACAAGAGACGGCACAAACACCCCGGCGGCGACAAUUUCAGCCUAUCGGACCAGCUGAAGGCGAGUCUACCGAAGGUCGACAAACAAGGGCUAGCUGUUUUGCGUUCGUUCGUCAACGGGAAGGGUGGGGGUCUCCCCUUCAUGUUCUUGAGAAGGCUUUCCCGACGGAGGCGCAGGACGUCGUCCUGAGUGAG